GAUGGGGGCCGGAGCCAACAUGGAGACCUCAAUGGGAUGAAGGUGAAGCUGCCGUUGCCGGCUGCUCCUGUAGUCCCGUUCCAUCAUGUUGGUGCACUUAUUUCGGGUCGGGAUUCGGGGUGGCCCUGUCCCAGGCAGGCUGCUACCACCCCUCUGCUUCCAGACAUUCUCGGCCGUCAGGUCCUCUCACGGCUGCCAUGGCUCCUCCCUCCUCAGGGCUAUGGCCCAGCUGAGGUCCCAGCUCUGGGCCCACCUCCUUCGAGCGCCUCCAGCCCCCAGCCAAAGACCCUCUGCCUGGCGCUGGGUUGGGGGCAUCCUUCUGGGCCCUGUGGUGUGGAGUAAGUGCCCCCGCCUCGGCCUUGUGGCACUGUGUGAGGCGGAAGAGGCCCCUCCUGCCUGCUCCAGACCUCAUGUUGGGGAGUCCCGCUUUAACUGGAAGCUCUUCUGGCAGUUUCUGCGCCCCCACCUGCUGGUCCUGGGGGCAGCCAUCGUGCUGGCACUGGGUGCGGCCCUGGUGAAUGUGCAGAUCCCCCUGCUUCUGGGCCAGCUGGUGGAGAUCGUGGCCAAGUACACGAGGGAUCACGUGGGGAGCUUUCUGACUGAGUCCCGGCAUCUCAGCACCUCCCUGCUCAUCCUCUAUGGCGUUCAGGGGCUGUUGACCUUCGGGUACCUGGUGCUGCUGUCCCGCAUCGGCGAGCGCAUGGCCGUGGACAUGAGGAGGGCCCUCUUCAGCAACCUGCUCCGACAAGAUAUUGCUUUCUUUGAUGCUAAAAAGACAGGGCAGCUGGUGAGCCGGUUGACGACUGAUGUGCAGGAGUUUAAAUCAUCUUUCAAACUCGUCAUCUCCCAGGGGCUGCGAAGCUGCACCCAGGUGGCUGGCUGCCUGGUGUCCCUGUCUGUGCUGUCCCCCCGCCUCACGCUGCUGCUGAUGGUGGCCACACCCACCCUCAUGGGAGUUGGCACCCUGAUGGGCUCAGCUCUCCGAAAAUUGUCUCGCCAGUGUCAGGAGCAGGUCGCCAGGGCAGCGGGCGUAGCGGAUGAGGCCCUGGGCAAUGUUCGGACUGUGCGGGCCUUCGCCAUGGAGCACCGAGAAGAGGAACGCUACGGAGCGGAGCUGGAGGAGUCCCGCUGUAAGGCGGAGGAGCUGGGCCAAGGCAUUGCCUUGUUCCAAGGGCUCUCCAACAUCGCCUUCAACUGCAUGGUCUUGGGCACCCUGUUUAUUGGGGGCUCCCUCGUGGCUGGACAGCAGCUAACAGGGGGAGACCUCAUGUCCUUCCUGGUGGCCUCCCAGACGGUGCAGAGGUCCAUGGCCAACCUCUCUGUCCUGUUUGGCCAGGUGGUGCGGGGGCUCAGCGCAGGGGGCCGGGUCUUUGAGUACAUGACUCUGAGCCCAUGCAUCCCACUGUCUGGGGGCUGCUCCGUCCCCCGAGAGCACCUGCGCGGGGCCAUCACGUUCCACAACGUCUGCUUCAGUUACCCCAGCCGCCCCGGCUUCCAGGUGCUGCGGGACUUCACCCUCACCCUGCCCCCGGGCAAGAUUGUGGCCCUGGUGGGCCAGUCCGGCGGAGGAAAGACCACCGUGGCUUCCCUGCUUGAGCGCUUCUACGACCCCACGGCGGGCGUAGUGACGCUGGAUGGACGGGACCUGCGUACCCUUGAUCCCUCCUGGCUCCGGGGCCAGGUCAUUGGCUUCAUCAGCCAGGAGCCAGUCCUGUUUGGAACAACAAUCAUGGAGAACAUCCGCUUUGGGAAGCUGGGAGCCACAGAUGAAGAGGUUUAUGCUGCUGCCCGGGAAGCCAACGCCCACGAGUUCAUCACCAGCUUCCCAGAGGGUUACAACACCAUCGUCGGUGAGCGGGGCGCAACCCUGUCUGGCGGCCAGAAGCAGCGCCUAGCCAUCGCCCGUGCCCUCAUCAAGCAGCCCGCGGUGCUGAUCCUGGAUGAGGCGACCAGCGCUCUAGACUCGGAGUCCGAGCGGGUGGUGCAGGAGGCCCUGGACCGCGCCAGCGCCGGCCGCACGGUGCUCGUCAUCGCCCACCGGCUCAGCACCGUGCGUGGGGCCCACCACAUCGUCGUCAUGGCCCACGGCCGAGUCUGCGAGGUGGGGACCCAUGAAGAGCUCCUGAAGAAGGGCGGGCUGUAUGCAGAGCUCAUCCGGAGACAGGCCCUGGAUGCCCCAGCUCCUGAGGUGCCCAGAGGCCCCAGGAACCGCCACCCCAGGUCCUGAGAGCCUCUGUCUGAGGUCUGGUCGCUGCUGAGCUUUGGUGCCCAGGGCCGAGGCUCAGCUCCAGGAACACCUGGGGACCAAGCACCCAGGACGGCCAGUGUGCCGCUGUGCAGGCUGCUGCCCCGCCCCUGCUCACGAUGAGCCCUGGGCCUAGCGCUGCAGUGGGGGAGGUUGGGACUGCUCCCAUCCACGCCCCCCUCCUUCCGCCAGGCUGCCUCCCUCCUGCAAGAGCCAGGAAUCACUGAGCUGCACGGAGGAGGAGGCAGAGUCCCCAGGCCCCUGCUCUGUUCCCUCCCUCUGCCCAGACCCUCCCGACCCCUCUCAGGAACCCUGCCAAGUCUCCCCUCUACCUGAUAGCCUAAAGCUGUCCAGGCCCAGCUCCAGUCAGGCUCAGGGAGGGGGAAUGGGAGUUCACACUAGAAUGGUCCACACCCAUGCCAGACCUCACCUUCCUGGACCCUGACUCCCCACUCUCCUCUGUCCCCACUGCCUCUCUGAGCCAUGGGAGAAGGAGACCAGCCCCUCGAACCUACAGUCCCCAUCCUGAGAACAGCUUCCCUUCCUUCUCCCUACUCCAUUAAGACGGUCCUUUUUCUAGAUUUCAUCCCCACCCCCCACACCCCCAUCCAACAGAACAGGAGGCUUGGGACACCUGCCCCCACCCCUUGGGAAAGGGGUAGGAGGGGCGGGGCAUGCCAUGGUCUAUUCCACAAGGAGCUUCCAGCUUACCAGGCUGUCUUACCACUGCCCUGGUCCCAUGCACCUGGACUCUGUCGCCCAUGAGAUUGUGGACAGCCCGCCCGCUCUGAAGGAGACGAAGCUGACACAUAGCCCAAACUCCAGCCGCGCGGGUCAUACAGUGCUAACAGUCACCAAACUGCAAGGGAGAAGUUAAAACUUAGCCCCCAGGCUGACAAAAUACAAAAUCAGGUGGCUUUGUCCUGUGGAUUUAUCCGAGGGCAAGGACAUGUUUCUGGGGCGGCUGCGAUGUGUAGGACGAGCCGUCGGCAGUGGCUCAGGUGUACGGAGCCGGGGCCUAGUCCCUGCAGCCUCUUCCGGGUGUGGUUUAGGACCAGAUGCUACUUUGGGGACAAAGCACCUGAAAUGUCCCAGGGCUGCAGCCCCCCUGGUGUGAUAUCCUGCUUCCUUACUGAGCAGAGGUCGCGUGCCAGGGCAGCCACAGGCCAGGAAGCAGGGCGCGGGCUCUGGGAGGCUUUGCCACCAAACGCCUCCCCAGUAAUGCAGCCCGGCGCCAGCCUCAGCUCCGUAGCCAAGUCCGCACCGGCCUGCCUCACCCCUCCUUCGAGGGAGAGGCAGCGGAGGCGAGCUCCUGCUCCACCAGCUCCAGCCCCAGCCACCCAGAGAAAAUUCCGGGUCUCUGCUGACCUCUUCAGGGGGCCUCUCCCAAUCCUGCCGCCCCCCCCCCCCCCCCCCCCCC